AGGAGCAGUGAGAGUUUUGUAUUUGAAUUGUAGAAAGGAUGAUUCUGUUUUUUCUGUUGAUUUCUUAUGCUAUUGCAUUUGCACCAUCUGGAAGGGUGCAUGAAAAAGAUCCCUGCUUGUAUGUUCCGGCUAGACCUGGUCAUACACCAGCUUGUGCAACUGGAGGAUCAACUUUUUGUGAACACAUUGAAACUUAUCCCAGUUCAUUAAUUGAAAAGCUUUUGAAAAACUUUCAAAGCGAAGAUUUCUUGACAAAUGAAUCAAGAGAUGCGUUCAUUCCAAAGAGAGAUUUCGGCCACAAGGAUCCAGAAUUCUUCGAACCAAGCGAUUUUCAUCAUCAACCACCAUUCGAUGAAUCAGCUGAAUUUCCUGGACAUGAUUUUGACAAGUUCUACAACAAUCAAUUUUUUGAAGAUCUUCUUCGAAGAAAUUUCACUAAAUUCAAUGUGCACAAAGUUCUAGGUGAACGAGAAAGUAACAAUAGACCGGGUUAUUUUGAUAUUGUAGAUUUUUACGGAAGAUCUGCAAGAAAGCAACGUGCAAUUGAUACAAAGGAAGGAAGUAAAAUCCCAUCUCGUGACAAAUUUCUAAGCCUCGUAGCACCAAGAAGAAAGCGACAAAGCGAUCCAUUUGCUGAAAGACUUUGCGAAGUAAGAACAAACUUUAUUAAUCCACAAGCUGGAAUGAAUUCGAGAGGCAACUGGAUGUUUAUUGUGAACGGUAAUGAUUCGGGAACGCAGCUGGUUCGAACGGAAACUUGCGCCUCCAAUAACUCACCAUGCUCGAACUUGUGUCAGCUUCCCAACAACUACGGCUCGAAUUGCGAACAGAAGUUCAUCCAGAAACGUUUGAUAGCGCUCGAUGCACGUGGCGAUAAGCUCUACACUGAUACCUUCUGGUUCCCUAGUUGCUGCGUUUGCACACUCACAACAACAUCGUUAUAAAUUAUAUGUAAUGAUAUCAUGUUACCGAACUAUUCUGUAAAGUUCCUUCACCUAACAACAAUGUUGAGAAAUUAAUUCAAUCGAUAAAAUUUAAAGAAAAAUAUUUAAGUACACAUACACAUGCACACAUGUUUUCGGCAAUGGUACGCUUAAACAUAUUUUUUAGCAUGAAAUUCUCAUAAAAUAUAUGUAAUUAUGUUUCUUUUCUUUGAAUAACUAAAAGUAGAAACGGAGCAUAAUAAAAUGAAAUUGCAUAAAAAAGUUGUUCUUAACACAUGUUCCGUUGUUGAAUUAACAUUGCAGUUGAAAGAUAUUUUCGUUAAAUAAAUUAUUUGAUAAGUCGCAACGAAAUUCAUCAACUGAUUUUUAACAUAAAAAGCCGAAAGAGAAAAUAUAAAAAUCGUGGCACAAGACACACAUCAAUGCUAAGUAGAAUUUGAAUAAACAUAAGCUGGA